GGUGGCCGUCGGUCCAGUUCCGCGGAGCGGUGGGGCAGUGGGAGCGCGGGGCAGUGGGGGCUGCGCUGCGCCACGCCACGCCACGCCACGCCACGCCACGCCAUGGCCCAGCAGCAGAUGAGCAGCUCUCAGAAGGCGCUGAUGCUGGAGCUGAAGUCGCUGCAGGAGGAGCCGGUGGAGGGCUUCCGCAUCACCCUGGUCGACGAGUCCGACCUCUACAACUGGGAGGUGGCGAUCUUCGGGCCCCCCAACACCCUCUACGAGGGUGGGUACUUCAAGGGUGUUCUUGCACUGAAAGUGCUAAUCUCAGAUACAGGACUUCAGACUUCUUAAGGCUUCUGAAACUUCAUCUGACACUACGAUCAACAGAUUAAGGUUCACAAAUCACCUCUGAAAAUAGCGCUCCAGGUAGUAGCUGGUUACUGAUAUCAGCAGAAAAUUGCUUACUUAAGUGUUUCAUUGGGAUGUUCUGGGUGUUUUGUUGUGGUGAUCUGGCUUUGAGGGCUCACAUUAAAUUUCCUAUAGACUAUCCAUAUUCACCACCUACCUUCAGAUUCCUGACCAAAAUGUGGCACCCCAAUAUUUAUGAGAAUGGAGAUGUAUGUAUUUCAAUUCUUCACCCACCUGUAGAUGACCCACAAAGUGGAGAGCUGCCAUCUGAGAGGUGGAACCCUACCCAAAACGUCAGGACUAUCUUACUGAGUGUAAUCUCUUUGCUUAAUGAACCCAACACAUUCUCUCCUGCCAAUGUGGAUGCAUCAGUCAUGUUCAGGAAAUGGAGGGACAGUAAAGGAAAAGACAAGGAGUAUGCUGAGAUCAUAAGGAAACAGGUUUUGGCUACCAAAGCCGAGGCAGAGAAAGAUGGUGUGAAGGUCCCCACUACACUGGCAGAGUACUGCAUCAAAACUAAAGUGCCUUCCAAUGACAACAGUUCAGAUUUGCUUUAUGACGACUUGUAUGAUGACGACAUUGAUGAUGAAGACGAGGAGGAGGAGGAUGCCGACUGUUAUGAUGACGAUGAUUCUGGCAAUGAGGAGUCAUGACCUGCUCCCUCUAUGCCUCUGUACUGCCCUGCCGAUUCAGGCUAGAAGGGAGCAGCGGUAACCUAGCAGCAGUCCGGCAAAAAAGUGUGGGAGGGGGGGAUCAAAAAAAACUUUGUCUCCUACUGUCUCCUGUUGUAUGGAUCUCUUUGCUCCUUUUUUACGGACCUCUUAGAGACCCUCCACAGAAUGUCUGAAUUCUUGCAUUCUUAACCCUUUCAUCACUGUAUUAUGAUUCCUUUUUUAAAAAGAAACUCCCUUUUUCACUUCUCUAUGAAAUGCUCACAGUGAAACAGAUUUGCUUGUGUUUAGAUUCUUGAAUUAAAUACAGACUUGCAAUGAAAUGUUUAAUGUAUUUAAAAGCUGGAACAAACCCAUUGGAAGAUGGGUUUUCAGGAGCUCAAGUGCUGCGUUUACUGGGAAAAAAAAAGUCCACAAAAAACAAAUUGCCAAGGUUUAGCUGCUCCAUUUACAAUAAUAGCGUGUGUACAUUUGUUUAGCCUUGUGGUGGUGGCUUUUCCUUUAUAAGGUGUGGGGGCAGAGAGUAUAAAGCUACUGUGUGUUGAGCGUGGUGGGAUGUUGUUGAAAGGUACAGUAUUCUUUUUCAGCCUGCUCAAGUUAGGAAAUAGCUCUGGCCCCAGGAGCCUCAGAGGGCACAAUCAGCUUUGUCUCUGAAAAAGGCUUGUGCUAUGAACCCUAAAAUAAACAACACUUCAUGUCUGUACAA